UCCCGGCAUUCAUUGCGCGCACACAGCCGCAGAGCUCUGCCUGAGCUUGUUGUCCGCCUCGCCCAGCCGCUGGUGAUAAAGGUUCCUUCCCAUGCGCAGAGCGCUGUGUUUGUUUUUGUGAGGGUACAGCAGGCGGAGGAUCCGUGCACUGAUCCCGCACUGGGCAUGGAGGAGGGGGAACCCCGGACUGGCUCCUCGGGGAGCUCCGGCUCCUUCUCCCGGGAAUUAGGCCGCGGCUUCGCAUAUUACAAUAAGAACCUGGGCAGACUGCAUCAGAACCUUCGGGACACCAAGAGAUUCUUCAGGGACAUCAAGCACACUUACAGCGGGGUGCUCUGCGGACCGGACUGCGACCUCACCCGGGGAGGAGACCUAGGUCAACUGCAGUGCAUUACUUUCCCCAGACAAGAGGAGGAAUACUUGAAGUUGAUUGUUCGCUGUCGACCAUGCAUCUUUGUCCUGGGGCAGAAUUGCAGUGCUCGUGGUAAAGUAGUCAAUGCCCUCUUAGGUGAUCAGUUACUGCCCAUCGGUGGACGCUGUGGUCCAGAAUCUUGUAAGAGAAGGAGGAUUCGUUUUCGGUAUGGAAAGCAGACCUUGGUGAGCUUGGCUCUGCCAGAGCAGUAUGAGCUCGUCCACCAUCUGGUGUCACACCAGGGUAAAUGGGACACUAUUCCAGAGGAGGACCUUGAAGUUCCAGAGGAUGAGGAAGACCCUGCACAUCGUCUUGCUGAGCUGGAAGUUACAAUGCCCCAUCAACUCUUGCAGGAUGUAGACAUUGUGGUGGCUCCCUGUCGGUGCUCCCAGGCUGUGACUACAACUUUGGACGAUUAUAUUGCCCUUGUACAAGCCAUUAUUGUUUAUGCAGUAAAUGAAGAGCUUCUAACUACACAGGAAGAGGAAGAGCUUUCUGAAAUAAAGGUGAAAUAUAAGCUUCCAGUUUUCUUUAGCCGGACAACUCCCUCCAAGGAUAAGAUAAUUGGAGGUACAGACACAGGGCGCUCUGCUCUACAUGAGCAACUGACUGAACUAGGGUAUCUGAAAAAGGGGGUAUGUAGCUGUGGGGCUGCAGGGUCAGGUAGCCCUGGCCCCAGCAUUCUAGUGGAACAGUUUGAAAAGUUUCGCCAGUUGAGCACAUUCUCACGGCAGGUACUCCAGAUGCACCUGGUGGAUGCAGCGAUGGUGCUUAAUAUGGUGCACAGCCGCUGCUUGGACUUGUUCAUCAAUAAGGCAUUUGACUUGAGGAGAGACCUACAAAUAACCCCAAAGCGAUUGGAGUAUACACGUCAGAAAGAGAGUGAACUAUAUGAGUCCCUGAUGCGAAUAUCUGAUCGUAAACAAGAGGAGCUGAAAGACAUGAUUGUGGAAACUCUAAACAGCAUGAGGGAACAACUCCUCGAUGAUGCCGCAAACAUGGAGUUCAGGGAUAUCACCAUCCCACAGAAUGGAGAACCUAUUGGUGCACAGGAGGUAAAGUGCUGCAUUUUUCAGAUCAAAGAAUUGAUUAUCUCACGGCUCAACCAAGCUGUGGUCAAUAAGCUGAUUAGUUCAGUGGACUAUUUGCGGGAAAGCUUUGUGGGAACACUUGAAAGGUGUCUUCGUAGUCUGGAGAAGUCUCAGCAGGAGUCGGCCUCUGUAACCAGCAACCAUCUGAAGCAGAUAUUAAAUGCUGCAUAUCAUGUGGAAGUCACUUUCAAUUCAGGUUCCACAGUUACCAGAAUGGUUUGGGAACAGAUUGUGCAGAUUAUCCAGCGCAUCACCUGGGUGAGCCCACCUGCGAUAACGCCAGAGUGGAAGCGCAGGGUGGCCCAAGAUGCCAUAGAGAGCCUAAGUGCGUCAAAGCUUGCCAAAAGCAUCUGCAGUCAAUUUUGUAAGCGACUCAAGAGUUCCCAUGAGGCGUUUGCGGGUUCACUCAAGCAGCUGGAAGUUGGUCACUGUGGCAGACUUGAAAAAACAGAAGAUCUGUGGCUUAAAGUUCGUAAAGAUCAUGCUCCACGUUUAGCACGUCUGUCUUUGGAGAGCCGUUCCCUGCAGGAUAUGUUGUUACAUGGUAAACCUAGACUUGGUCGGGAGUUAGGAAGAGGGCAGUAUGGAGUAGUAUAUCUGGGUGAAAGCUGGGGAGGGCACUACCCAUGUGCUCUGAAAUCUGUGGUCCCCCCAGAUGAAAAGCACUGGAACGAUCUGGCGUUGGAAUUUCACUACAUGAGAUCUCUGCCGAAACAUGAGCGUCUUGUAGAUUUGCAUGGUUCUGUGAUUGACUACAGUUAUGGAGGGGGAUCUAGCAUUGCGGUCUUGCUAAUUACAGAACGUCUGCAUAGAGAUCUCUAUGCAGGGCUCAAGACUGGGCUAGAUUUAGAGACACGGCUGCAAAUAGCACUGGAUGUGGUAGAAGGGAUCCGCUUCUUGCAUAAUCAGGGACUGGUUCACAGAGACAUCAAAUUAAAGAAUGUUCUGCUGGACAAAAAAAACAGAGCAAAGAUCACUGAUUUGGGAUUCUGCAAACCUGAGGCCAUGAUGUCUGGCAGCAUCGUGGGGACUCCUAUACAUAUGGCACCAGAACUCUUUUCAGGAAAGUAUGAUAACUCUGUAGAUGUAUAUGCCUUUGGCAUUCUGUUUUGGUACAUAUGCUCUGGAUCCAUCAAACUCCCUGAAGCCUUCGAACGAUGUUCUAGCAAAGACCACCUUUGGAACAAUGUUAGAAAAGGUGUACGACCAGAGCGGUUGCCCAUUUUUGAUGAGGAAUGCUGGAAACUAAUGGAGGCUUGUUGGAAUGGAGACCAGUCUCAGCGCCCACUCCUAGGAAUUGUGCAGCCCAUGUUGCAAGGUAUCAUGGACCGGCUUUGCAAUACUAAAGUGUCUGGCAAAACCUUGGAAGAUUCCACCUGAUGAGAUUAUGGCAUUUUCAUUUUUUUCUACAUGUUCUGUAUUAAUGGACUUCAUAGUCACUUGUAGCCCCUCCUUCGUCAUCUGGAAGAUGCAAAACUCCUUUUAUUGCUUGGCACUUUGCACACACCAAGCUGAAUAAAUGAACCUUGCCCAGGAUAAGCUAUUAAGAGUGCUGCUUUAACAAUCUUUCCUUGCACCUAAUUAAGUAAUUUCUUGGGGAAAUCAGCAUGCUGCAUUUUUGUGAGAACAAUGGACAAAUUAUUCCUUUUAUGUAAAUAGUGUCAAAGCGGUUAAUGGACUAAUAGAGGUGGUUAUGUUAUCUCCAUUGGAUGCUCAAACAUUUGGGCAAUUAGAGUUCUAAAGCAAUUUUUUUUUUGUAUAAACUCUUACUACAUCAAACAUUCUAUGUUCCCACAGCAUGGCCAGGGAAUGAGUCCAGAACUCUAAGAUAAUACCUUCAGAUCUUCUUGAGUAGUAUUGUGUAAACAAUGUCUCGCUUUUGUGGUGUAUCAACAUCUCCACUAGAUGGUUACUUAAUUCUUCUCUCCAGUUUGAAGACAAGAUACAUAGAUCUCUGUGUUGAACAAUGGAAUGCUAAGAUGCUUCCUGUAUUAAGAAGAAGAAAAUAUUUUCAGUGGUUGCUAUCCUUUUCAGCCCACCCAGGUUUUAGUGUGUACCUGCUAUAUGCAUAUAGUAAUGUACAAUUGAUGCUUCCUUCAUUGCAAGAUGUGUUUAACAUUUUAAAACCGGUGUAGGUAGUGUUACAAAACUACUUAAAUUCCUGAAAUUUACUUUUUUUUUUGUGUGUGUACUUAUUCCUGCUAUUUUUGUGUGUUUAGGGUGCUAUCUAAUGCACUUUUUUUUAUGUUUGUAUGCAUCACCACCCUCCCCCCUUAUGUUUAAGGCUAUUAAUGUAAGACAAAUGUUGAAUGUCGAUCAACAUGAUGGUAGCCCAGUGAGUACAAUGAAAUGUUUUUUUUUUUUUUUGUGUUUUUUUUUUUUUUUGUAAUAGCCAUACCCCUGCUUCAGACCUUCAUGCCUCAUACUACCUGCCUUCUGCAGUUUACAAAGUCAUCCAUCUUUGAUGCUUCUCUGCUUUACCUAUGAAAGAUAGGAUUUUCUUUUCAUAUUACCUGAAUUACUUUGCUCAUUACUCUACUAACAAAGCAGCAAACUGUAAAUACUGGUUGUAGUAGACUGAUCUUUUAGAACUCUGUUAAGAGCUACACUACUUUGAUAACCUGUUGAAAGACUUAGAACUGUUAAAGAGUCACUGGUGCCUAAUUAUUAAAAAAAAAAGGCUUUCAUGUGAAAUGGCACAAUUAGACACGUUCCAUGUUAGUCAUUCAAUUUUUCCAUGUUAUGUUUUAAUGCUUAAAGAACCCUGGCAAUUUAAUAGCACAUUGUAUGUAAUAAGAAGAUUAAAAAAAACAACUCGCCUGAGUGAAAUUAAACCUGUAUUUCAAUCACCAACUAAACAGCAGGAAUUAGAAUCCUCUUCCGUGAUCACAAAGUCAACACAUGAUAAAUGUAAAAAAUUAAAAAUAAAAACAAUUACAUUAAUUCCUAUACUUUCCAUGACACUAUAAUGUAUUAUAAAGCAUAUAACUUAUGUAAAUGUUUUGUAUAAAAAAAAAUAACCCUCAAAGCUAAUUUAAUAUUCAUCUUAUGUUUAUAUAACUAUAUUAAAGAUUUUUAGUUUCGUAAUUGGUCUUCCCCCAGAAAUGGUGGAUUGUGGUGUGUUGCCAAAACGAACCAACAUUAAACUAUAAAAGCCACAUUGAAGACAAUACUUCAACUUUUCUCUAUUUACUUGCAUUUGGGAUCUCCUUGAUCUGCUCACCACAACUCCAACGUUUAAAAAAAAAAAAAAAAAACAAUACUCAAUGCGUAAAUUAACUGCAGCCCAGUCUAUGAAUAAUACAGUCCACUUGCAAAAUAAUUACUCAGUAUUUCACAUAUAGAGGUCUUGAGCGCAGGUAAUUGGUCAGAUCUGAUGAUGUUCUCAGCUUUAGCUUUUUGGUAGGUCAACGGUCAUCUAACAAUUAAAGGCGCACAGGCGAAGUAAUUAUUUGCCUGUCUUGUUGGAAAGUGUAAUUUUAAAAUAUCCCUAGAUUUAUUAUGUGUUGACUAUAAUUCAUAUGCCACCCAAUAAAAAUCAAAUGAGUACCAUUUAGUAUUACUUUGACCACUCGGACAUUGCAUUUUUAAUGUCUAUUGCUGCUCCUCUAAUUACCUUUAAUUGCUACUCUCAUGAUCCUACAGUCUGAGAAACAACUUGGUAACAGAUUAAUUAUGCCUUCCUGACUACCGAUUCAGCAUCAUUAAUUGAUAACCAGACAUUACCUGUUUCUGUAGUGAUUUGCAUUAGUGCAUGUCUUGUGUUCACUCCUUUAUUUGACAUUGAUGCAUAAUUAUAGCAUAGCCAGGUUAAAUGAUUAACUGAAUGGCUUGUAUUUGGAUGGGGCAGUGACACAUAGGCUGGUGAAUUUUGCAGGGCGCUUUCUAAUACUCUUGGACUCCCGCAGAUGGAAAUCUGUGGAUUUAUUUUCAAACUGUCUGCAGAAAUGGAGAGAUUAAUAGCUAUACAACUCACGUUGUCAGAAGUUCUUCAAAAGUUAUUGACUAUUUGUCUGGUACAACUACAACUUCCACUGUCCACUCCUACUACUUUUCUUUCUGGAUUUUAAAAGUACAUUUACAAUUUUCAUGAACAUCUUUCCAAGAUGCAAUACCUCGUUUUAAUUAGCCUUUUAUUCUUUGUGUUUGACUUCUGAAUUACCCAUUGUGGCUUAUUUCCUUAACAUGUUGUGUAGCCGAUUGUUGGCUCCACCGUUAUUAAAAUAUACAAAAGAUUUGUUUAAUAAACAUCAGUAUUAUAAAUCUCAAUUUGUUUACAUAAUUAUGCAGAACUGAUUGUCUUUGACAGUACCUGGAUAUAUGUUUUUUUUGACUCAAGGUUUUUGUAACGUGCUAGUUAUUUCACAACCUAUUAUCGUGGUUCCUCAGGAUGCAGUGUGCUUUUAUCUUUUAACUUUUUUUUUUCCCCUCUCGCUCUCUAAAUAUCCUUUAAACAAAUUUUUUAUUUAACGAUGUAUAAAAGAAAAUGCCCCCAGAUAUUUUCACGUGUUUCUCCUUUUACACCUGUACAGAGGGGACCACUUAGGAUCUGGUACUACAUCAAUUGCUUUUGUGUAAGUUCUUGCAUGUGGUCAAACACAUUGCGUAAUUAGUGUGAUCAAAAAUCACAUAAUGCAGUGUUAUAUGUCCCAGUCUUAAUGGUGCUACCAUCAUUUACAACAUAAUGACUGGUUCCAAAUGUCAAAUUAUGGAGAACCAGUAAAGUAAUCUUACCCGUGUUAAGUUGGGACUUAAUUUCUCCAUAGGUUUACACAUCUUGCUGCCAUUAGACUAUAGUCUAUGAACUCUUGCUGCCAGAAGAGUUAGGAACAUAAAGUAAUGACUACCCAUCUGGCAAAGUAUGGGGUAUGCCGUUACAGGAGGAGCAGAUGCUACUAUUCUUCUUUUUGUCUGAUAAAAGGGGUCUUUUCAUUAUGCUGAGUAGUCUAUUAAAGGCAGUCAGCUUGUACUAUGUAGGCCAAAAUAGUGAAGUUGGGGGGAAAAUUUAAAAUUCCCAGGUUUGCUAAUUUUAAGUUUUUUUUUUUUUUUUUUAAU